GGGAAGCUGGGGUCACUUCCUGCUCCGUCCCAGUCACCCUGAACUGGUCCCCGGGUCCUCAGCCUGGAAUCACCCCGUGAGCAGGACCCCAGAGCCCUGGGCGUCUGGCCGCGCCCCCCGAGGCAGGGCACUCAGGGGUUAAGUCCCCCGGGGCUGGAUCCGCCCUCCGGCUGUUCCCAGACCCCAGAGCCGGUCCCUGGAACCUUCACGGUCCUGAGCUCUGGGAUGGAGCCUGAGACAGUGCUGUGGGGCCCAGAUCUGCAGGGUCCUGAAGAGAGCCUGAAUGACGCUCACAGAGGUGCUGAGAGUGGGAACGAAGAGGAGAGCCCUCGGCAGGAAAGUUCUGGGGAGGAGAUCAUCUUGGGAGAUCCAGCUCAGAGUCCAGAAUCCAAGGACCCACCAGAGAUUCCCAUGGAGAGCCCCUCCCAGGACCCCUCAGCCCCCCAGGACUCCCCAAUUCCACUGGGUCCCUCCAACCCCUUGGACCACCAGACCCCUCUUGACCCCCCAGGUCCAGAGGUAGUCCCUACCCCGUCUGAGUGGACCAAGACCUGUGAGGCCAAUUGGCAGUGGGGGACGCUCACCACAUGGAAUAGCCCCACAGUGGUCCCCUCCGGUGAGCCCAGCCUGCGGGAGCUGGUGCAGGGUCGCCCCUCAGGGGCUGAGAAGCCCUACAUAUGCAAUGAAUGUGGCAAGAGCUUCAGCCAGUGGUCCAAGUUGCUGCGGCACCAGCGCAUCCACACAGGUGAGCGGCCCAACACGUGCUCGGAGUGUGGCAAGAGCUUCACGCAGAGCUCACACCUGGUGCAGCACCAGCGCACACACACGGGGGAGAAGCCCUACAAGUGCCCCGACUGUGGCAAGUGCUUCAGCUGGAGCUCGAACCUGGUGCAGCACCAGCGCACGCACACAGGGGAGAAGCCCUACAAGUGCACCGAGUGCGAGAAGGCCUUUACACAGAGCACCAACCUCAUCAAGCACCAGCGGUCCCACACCGGCGAGAAGCCCUACAAAUGUGGCGAGUGCCGGCGCGCCUUCUACCGCAGCUCGGACCUCAUCCAGCACCAGGCCACCCACACGGGCGAGAAGCCCUACAAGUGCCCCGAGUGCGGCAAGCGCUUUGGCCAGAACCACAACCUGCUCAAGCACCAGAAGAUCCAUGCUGGGGAGAAGCCGUACCGCUGCACCGAGUGCGGCAAGAGCUUCAUCCAGAGCUCCGAGCUGACGCAGCACCAGCGCACGCACACGGGUGAGAAGCCCUACGAGUGCCUCGAGUGCGGCAAGAGCUUCGGCCACAGCUCCACGCUCAUCAAACACCAACGGACUCACCUGCGCGAGGACCCCUUCAAGUGCCCAGUGUGUGGCAAGACCUUCACCCUGAGUGCCACGCUGCUGCGCCACCAGCGCACACACACAGGCGAGCGGCCCUACAAAUGCCCCGAGUGUGGCAAGAGCUUCAGCGUGAGCUCCAACCUCAUCAACCACCAGCGCAUCCACCGCGGGGAGCGGCCCUACAUCUGUGCGGACUGCGGCAAGAGCUUCAUCAUGAGCUCCACCCUCAUCCGCCACCAGCGCAUCCACACGGGCGAGAAGCCCUACAAGUGCUCCGACUGUGGCAAGAGCUUCAUCCGCAGCUCGCACCUCAUCCAGCACCGGCGCACGCACACAGGUGAGAAGCCCUACAAGUGUCCCGAGUGCGGCAAGAGCUUCAGCCAGAGCUCCAACCUCAUCACGCAUGUGCGCACUCACAUGGACGAGAACCUCUUUGUGUGUUCCGACUGCGGCAAGGCCUUCCUGGAGGCACACGAGCUGGAGCAGCACCGGGUGAUCCACGAGAGGGGCAAGACCCCGGCCCGAAGGGCACAGGGCGACACCCUGCUGGGACUGGGAGAUCCGGCCUUGCUGACUCCACCGCCUGGGGCCAAACCCCACAAGUGUCUUGUCUGCGGCAAAGGCUUCAAUGAUGAGGGCAUCUUCAUGCAGCAUCAGCGGAUCCAUAUUGGAGAAAACCCCUACAAAAACGCAGACGGUCUCACUGCACACCCAGCGCCCAAACCUCCUCAAUUCCGCUCUCCAAGGCUCCCUUUUGGAGGGAAUUCCUACCCAGGGGCUGCAGAGAGCAGAGUCGACCCCCAAGGGCAGCCCUUUAAAGUGUCCGAGGGUCAGGAGGGUCUCAGCCAGAGGCUGGGGAUACUGUCCUCUUCCAAAUCCUACAUUUGUUCCCACUGUGGAGAAAGCUUCCUGGAUCGCACGGUGCUCCUCCAACAUCAGUUCACCCAUGGCAGCGAAAAGCCCUUUCUCCUUCCCGAGGGCAAGAUUGGCCUCGGGGAAGGGGCGGGGCCCAGUCCCUUGCUCAGUGGAAAACCCUUUAAAUGUCCAGAGUGCAAAAAAAGCUUUGGCCUCAGCUCCGAGUUGCUGCAACACCAGAAAGUCCAUGCGGGCGGGAAGUCCCAGAAGAGCCCUGAGGUGGGGAAGAGCUCUUCAGUCCUCCUGGAGCAUCUCAGAAGCCCCUUAGGGGCAAGACCCUACAGUUGCUCCGACUGUGGGGCCUCUUUCCUUGAUCGCUUGGCCCUCGUCAGGCACCAGGAAACCCACACCCAAGAAAAGUCUCCCAGGUCCGAGGACCCCCUUCUAGAGCCAGCCACCCUGUCUACAAACCAGGCUGGCGAAGGAGAGGCCUCCAUCCCUACUGAGAGCAGCAGUCCCAGGGAGGGGGAGAGCCCCAAAGCCCUCUUGGAAGAAAAACCCUACUUGUGCCCUGAGUGUGGAGAUGGCUUUGCAGAAGUCGCAGCCCUCCUCCUCCAUAGGAGCUGCCACCCAGGUGUUUCCCUAUGAAUGGGUCUGGAGACCGGGGGCCUCUCUCUCCCUGGAGAGGAACACUGGAUCCCCAAAAACUCACGUGGGGAAAGGAGGACACCCUAUCAGAUUGUAGAGAAGUGGAGGGAAGAAAACCCUGGGAAAAAUAGUGCUUUUACAACAGUGAUGAGAAACCCUAUAAAAUUGUUGGUGGGAAUCACUUAUAAGGCAGUAAAGAAAAACUGUUGGGUUAGAAACCCUAUAAAUAUAUAGGAGAAAAAAAAGCCCUUUUAAGUCUGUAGCAGAAAAACCCUAUAAACCAUAGUGGAUAAAAGCCCUAUUAAUUGUAGGAAGAGGUCUUAAUAUGUCUCUAGACAACCCCAUAAAACUGUAUCAAAAUCCUGUAGGGUUGGGGAAGUGCCAGGAAUACAGCCUGGGACUGACGGGAGGGUGACCUCCAGUAGGUGUAGGAAUCCCUCCCUACACUGACUCCAGUGUCCUCUGCCAUCAAGUAUGGGAGGGAAGCGCCUUUCCCAGCACCCUUGGACAGUUACACUGAAGACAGAACUCAGUGAACUGGGGAGUAGUGUGGGACCCAGGUGGAACUAGAAAAGGAAGAAAACCAAGAGAGGAGAGAAAUAAAUUAUAAGGAGCUUUUGAUUCCACAGAGGAGAUAAGAUGCAGAGACCAGGAAGGGAAAGUCUGGCUCCUUGUACUGGGUGUUAUUUGGUGAGUUGUGCAUGUCAGGGGAAGAGACCCAUAUAGAAUCCUGUAUCAUUAGGAACCCCAAAUGGGGAAGAAAAAAAGUUAUGUCAAGUCUUUUUAAAGGCUGAAGCUUGGGGCACAUAAAAAAUCAAGUGUAGGAAUACUGAGAAACCACCACAAAAAAUAGGGGGAAUUUCUGUUAGAUUGGUUGGAGUGAAUCAGAGGUGGAGAAACUGUUCUGAUGGAAUCAAGCAAAGCCCAGGCCUGUUUUUCCCCUUCCCCAGAGCUUGUUAAACUUCAAGUGCAAGCAGGUUCCAGCCUAGGCUGCCAGGGCUCUUCUGAGCCAGGCAGAGCCACCCUUUCCCCAGCCCACCUGGAGACGUCUUCUCCAAGGGGCCUCCAACAUGGAGGGGGCCUCCACCACAUUCUCAGGUCUCACGGUCAGGGUUUUCCUGAAAUCUAACUGCCACAGUCUUGCUGCAGUGGCAGUCCAAUUCCUCAAAUUCUGUCCUCAGUGGAAAGGGAGAACCGCUGCUAGUCGACCUCCAAAGAAUAAAUUCCUUCAGAGACUCUAGGCUUGUAUGUGGUUGUCCUCCCUAGACUUCUCUGGCUCUUCUCACAAGAGCCACUGUGGGUUCUCUGUGGCAACAAGGGACAGCAAGACUACAGACUAGAAAGCUUUGAUUAACCAGCAACCUGAUUUUAAACCUCAGCCUUUCGUGUGAGCUGGUGGCAAGGAUGCCCACAGGAUGAGCCAGCUGCAAGCAGUGGUGGGUGUCCCAACACCCCACAGACUGGACCAGAGCCCCUGAAGAGUUGAUGGAAGCCCAACCGUCUUCCCCACCUGGUAUCUGGAGCUUCCCUGAGGUGGGAUGAUCCAGCUGGGUCUUGGCCUUGGGAAGGGACAGAUUCCAUACCCUUGGAUCCUCUCUCCUCCUUAGCCAGAAAUCUUCCGAGAGAAAUGGAUAAGAAACGCUCUCCUGUCAGGCCCAUCUUCUGUCAUCCCACACAGCACUACAUACUUUUCAUAAACCCAGCCAUGCAUGCUCAUGUGACUGGGGCUGUGUGAUAGGGGAGAAAUGCAAAGAAAACUUUUAAGAGAAACAUCUGCAACAAGGAUCCCCCUAACCCUGGAGGCCCUUAAAGAUGGGUUGGAAAGGAAGUGCUCCCUGACCAAGUGCUGGCACCAGUGACACCCAUCCUGGAGUAAUAGGACUAAGAUGCCAGGUGAGGUGUCCUUCAGAAGUGAGGUGAUCAAAGGGGUGACCUGGAUUCCUGCAAAGCUGUGGAAGAGACCUCUUAAUUCCAUUACCUAUAAGUUCAAAAGGUGAAAACCCUUCACCCUUCAUCUAUCCUGCCCCAAAGGGAUGACCCUCAAAUUUAAAAGGAUCAAAAUCUGAGAACAUUGUGGGAGAACCCCCUAGGCCUGCUGGGGAGACAAAAAGACAGGCUUUAUAUGAUUGUGGGGAGAGGGGAGCCUUGCUAACAUCCCCAUAAAGCCCCACUCACCCAAGUGCCAGGUCGGAGCCUACUACUGAAGAGCCUGCCUGUGAAUCUCUUACAAAUGUUGGCAAAGGGGGACAAUCUCUAUAAGAUGAGGAGAAAAGUCCUCCAAGUCUAAGCUGAUCCCCCUUCUAACGUGGUAGCAGAAACUAAGUUGUAGAGCUAGCAGGUUCCCUCAGAUGUAGGUCUGAGAAUCUACCCCCAGAAGAUUGCUGGGGAGCAGUUUUGGGAGCUGAAGAGGCCAGUCUAGGGGGAGGUGGUCAGUGUAGUCAGAGCAACUGUAGCCUGUUGAGGACUAGGGUGUAGCAUAUGUAGUAGGCUGCUCGCAUGUUGUUGGGACAGGUGAGGGCUGAGGGUCUUGACCCCAGUAGGACCAAGGGACAAGACUUGUGGAGUCUGGGGCUUCCUAGUAGGAAAGGGGCAAAGUCACAGACCCUGGGUGUUUCCUGGUCUCUCUUGGUCACCUCCCUCCCAGAGCCAGCUGUAUCUUGGGAGGAACAGCACAGGGAGGUGGCCGUGCCCAGAGUGUCUGGCCAGCUCAGGCAUAGGCCCACCAGAACUAAGUCUUGAAGGCACAAUGUACUCAAAGCCUUCACAUCUCCAUGCUGGGCCCCCAGCCCAGCUCCUUAGAGGAGCUCAACAGCCAAGGGCCUGAGCUAUUAGUGAAAGCAAAAGGGAGGGGGAGAAACUGAUCUCAGUUUAGGGUAAAACUUGAAACUGCUGUGGAUGUGGAGGUCAGAUGGGAACUGGUCUUGAAUCCUGAAUGGUGGAAACUUGAAACUAUCACAACCAAGAGGUGGGGUUCCGUGACCUCACUCUGGAGUAGCUCCCAGUCUCCUUUGCCCCUGUAAGGGAAGCCCCACUCACCUGAUUUGUCCCUGGGGAGGGAAGAGAGGCCCCACUUUUGAGUGUUGUGUGUCAAUAAGUGUUGUGUCACCGGUGGUCAUAUUGAUUAGUUGAAGAGAAUAAAGGGAAUACGAUUUCCCAGUUGUUUUUUGUUUUUUCGUUCAGCCUCCAGCAAGUUUAGAGUGUGUGUCCUCUCCAUGAGCCUGGGCCCUUUUCCCUGGGGCCUUAAGCUCCCUGUCCAGCGCUUGCUUGUGGAAAGCUGACGAGUUUAUGGCAUUUUCAAAUCCACACCUUUGCAGGAGAGGGGAGAAAUCUCAUGAGCUGGCAGCAGAGCCCAACAGCUCUUGACAGUUCCUGGUUUGAUACCAGCACAAUGGGUAGACUGCUGAGUGGCUGCCUGGUAACUUGCACGGGCCAACUUAGGCUCAGUUGUGUAGCAGGGUGGCCUCACUGGCUGUGAUACCCACCUGAUGCCACAGGGGAAAGCUGUCAGGAUCAGUUUCCAAAGGUGGCAGCUACCUCUCCUUGUUCCCAGGGUGGUGGGCCUGGCUCAGCCCCUUCUAGUCCAGGGCCUCCUAGACCCUGAGGAGAGGUAAGUAGAGCCCUGGCUGUGGUCCCACUCCCAGACGUCAACCCACAGGCCCUCACUGUGUGGAGAGGUUAAGGCUUGGGGAAGGGCAGCUGCUUGCCCAAGAUUCACAGCAAGUGAGUGAGGGAAGCCAGCUUAGCCAGGUGUUCUGUAAGCAGGCGCUGCACCUGUCAAGCCUUUCCUUCUGGUGGCUGGACCUGCUUGGACCUGGCCUGGGCUCCUCACUGUCUGGGCCACUUGGAGCUGCUCCAAAGAGUCCUUAAUGCUGUGUGUGCUUCAGUGCUGUGCAUCCUGAGCCUCACUGUGGCCCCCAAGUGGCUGCCUAAGAUCAGCAUUUGUUCUAACCUGUCACUUGGCUCUGCCCUGUCUCCUGCCUUUCCCAAGCUUCUCUGACCCAGAUCCCCAGGACAGGCUGUCUCUUUCCCUUUCCCCAUCUGGAAAUGGGAGGAAGAUAGGAGGAGGGAUUUUCCUUUCAUGGAGAAGCUAGUAAUGAAGCCUUCUCUGCAUUUCCUGGGUCCCCAGUCCUGGAGACAUGGAGGUACAUCAGAACUAGUCUCAGCACUGGAGGAGUCCUCAGUAAGGUAAAGGAGCCAUGGACACAGAGAUGAUGUCUGCCUAAGCAGGACAGGUAACACUGGAGGAAGUGAGGGAGGGGAUCAUCUGUGGAGGGGUCAGGAGUGGGGUGGGGAAAG